AUGAGGAGGGGGGUUGUGGGUUGGUUAUGUGUUUGGGGUGUUGUGGGGGUGGGUUUAUGUGUUGGUGAUGUGGGUGUGGGGGGGGGGGGUUUAGUUUGGGGGGUUGAGAGGUGGGGUUGUUGGGUGGUGGAUGUGUUGGGGGUUGUGUGGGUUUUGGGGGUGUGGGUGAUGGGUGAUGGUGGGGGUGGGGAUUUGUUUUGGGUUUGGGGUUUAGGGGGGUGGUGGUUGUGGGUUUUUGUUGUGGUUGGGGGGGGUUGGUGGUGGGGGGGGGUGGGGGGGUUUGGGAGGGGGGUGUGUGGGUGUGUGGGAGGGUGGGGUAGGUGGGUGGGGGGGGGGGUGGGGGGUUGGGGGGGGUAUUGGGUGGUGUAG